GAAAGCAAGCUAAGCAAACGCACACGCUCUUUUUUGUUUUCCUUUUCUCUCCCAUUAUAAAGUGCAUAGCUUUUCCCUUGCACGAUAUCUAUGUAUAUCUCUCUGUGUAUAUGUAUGCAUAAGGUAGAAGAAGUGUCAGACAAGAAAAAUACUCCAGUGUACUCUGUGUGGGGGCGUGCGCAAGCGACGGCCUCUCUCUCUCUCUCUCUCUCCGCCCCGUCGUGCUUCAAUGAAAGAGAACAGCUGUAAUACGUUAUCGAGGUGGUGUAGCAUCCAUUUAAACUUCUUGCUGCAGCGUUAGACAAUCCAUUGGCGAGCAGGGCACCUCCCCCUCCCUUCCCUUUUACAAAAAAACAUAAGGACGAAAAGAAAUACGUCAAAAGUAAGAAAGAUGGCAAACGCUGCCCCGUCCGCCUCCGAGAAGGACAAGACGGCGCGCCUCGUUGCGGCCCUCUCCUGCAGAGAGCAGGCCGAGCUGCUCGCCCAGGCUCUGCUGCGGGAGUUCAUGCACCGUCGUGGCCUUCACGAAACACUGAAGGCCUUCGAUGAGGAAAACCCUCGCGAUGAGCGCACCAUCUCAUCUCGCGCGGUCAUGCGCCAGCUGCUGAACAUUCCGGUGGAGGGCCGACCCUCGCGCCUGCAGCCAACGGUCUCCGCCUCUACCGGCAAAGCGAUGCCUCCCACUUUCAUGGAGGAACUGUGCUCCUACCGGCUCACGAAGCGCGGCUACACCCACCCGACGAGCACGCGAGGUGAGAAAGGAGCCAACGGCGAGGAAGAGGACCCCAGUGAUGUGGAGAUGCGCGCGCUGCACAACACGGUCGAUGCGCACCACACCGCCAUGGCACUGUGCAAGCAGAAGCAGCGCCGCUACGAGGAGAUGCUCGGCGAGGAACAGAACUACCAGCGGCGCAAGGAGGCGCACAGGCGGCGGAAGAAGGAGAAGGACAAGCGUGCCAAAGGGCGGCACCGACACAGCAGCAGCGGUGGGAGGGAGACGGAGAAGAAGCGCGAGGAGGAGGGCGAGGGCGAGCAGAGCGGCGACAGCGACAGCGAGACCGACGAGGAUGAAGAGGCAGGAGGAGGGCUGCUGUCGAAGGUGAUGGAGCGCCGUUUCUCUGGAUCGCUGUCGCUAACCCCAAAAGACAGUAGGAAGCAGCGAGGGUCGGUGGAGGCGAACACCACGGGUCUGACCGGCACCGGCUGGCAGCCGCCAGGGGUCGGCGCCGCUGGGGCGGGCGCCUCUUUAGAGAACAGCAUCGGUGGCACCCCCCACCACCCGCACUCGCGCCCCGCACAGCAGCCGCAUUCCCUUUCCUGGACCCCGGCCCCCUUCAGCGAGGAAAGAGACAGCGAAGACUCCUUCGACCCCUUCGGCAGCGGGGCGAGCAGCCAACAGGCACUGAUGGCCCGUGCGCGAACAGGGAGUCGUAACUGGACGAGUCACACGAUCAGCAGCAACAGCAUCUCCGGCGAGGGGUCGAUGCACACGACACCAAAGAAGGCAAGCAUGAGCGGCGCCGGGUUUGAGGGAGGAGCGGCAGCCGCCACCACCGCCGCCGGACAGCCUCUACCACUGGCCGCGCUGUCGAACGUUCCGCGAGGAGUGCCCCUGGGCGGCGGCGAGGCCCUCCCGCUCCGUCCCGUGACAGCCCUGGGUGUCGUGGGCGGCGGCACGCGUCUCUCCUCCGCUCCGGCGGGGUACAACCCAAACGCGGUGGUGGCCGCCAGCGGUUCGCUGAUGAUGCCCGACGGAGGAAGCGGCAGCGGCGGCGGCGGCGCGGCGAGCCGCGAGGGCUCUGCCGGGGUGCUGGACGACGGCGCGGCCUCGGCGGUGCGCACCCCCUACAGCCACGGCUUCCCCCCACCCCCGAGCAGCGCCCUGGCCCCGAGUAUUAUGGUGAAGCACACCGACGGGGGCCGGCGGGAGACGGCGACCCCCUCGCCUUUGCCGGCCUUCGAUGUAGAGGACGGAGCGGCACCGCACGAGCGAUCUGCCGCGUCGCGUAGAAGCGGAGUCGUCGUCGGCAGCCCCGGCGGAGACGCACGCAGCCCGUCGCCCACUACGACAUCGGCUGCGAUUGCGGUGGGUGAGGACGCGCCUUUGUCCUUUCACACGCCGUCGCGAUCCGCCAACAGCGGCGGUGGUGGCGGCAGCAGCAGUGGACUGCGGCACGGCAUUGGCUUUCGCACGUCGGUGUCGGCCGAAGGGACGCAGUCGGGUGUUGCGGCGGGGGCUGCGGCGAGUGGUCGUGGCGGCGCCGGGACGGACGCGGAGGGCACCCGGCACAAUCGCACCGAGCGCCGGGUGAAGCUGCUGAUUGAUUAG